AAAUAUUUAGGAGAAUGCAGCUGCUCUCAUUGGUCACUUGAACUUAUCCGACGUUGCCACGUUUAUUUAAAAAUCAAUUGUAUGCUUUCUUAUUUAUUAAAAAAUAUUAACAUCUCUUGUAUAACACACUUAUAAAGCUUCAAACAUUAAACAUUUACACUUAAAUAGCUUUCAUUCCACGCCAAAUCUCGUUUAUUACCAACUAUUUGACCACUUUGGCAACCGCGCCUUAUCACAUAACCUCAACCCGCAAUAAACGUCAACUAAAAAAAUCAAAACAAACACUGUUUUAUUUAAAAAAAAAACCAUAAAUUCCGUCUCAAUAUCAAAUAACCAAAAAUGGGGACGUUUUAUGAGAUCCAGGACGGUCCGGUGAACGCCCUGGCCCUAAACCGCGACUACACCCAAGUGGUAAUCGGAGGUCGCAACGUCUUUAAGAUUUACCAAAUCGAGGAGGGACGGUUUAGGGAGCUGUGCAACCUGCGCACCCUCAAACAUCUCAAUUUGAACUUCUCUUGCAACGAUGUGGCUUGGAGUCCCACCGAUGACCAAUAUGUGGCCACUGCGGCCACUAAUGGGCACGUAACAGUAUGGAACCUCAAUAAAAUGGGCAAAGCCAUGCAAGAACAAGACUACCAGGACCACAAAAGGACCGUGAACAAAGUGAACUUCCAUGCAACCGAGUCGGGCCGGUUAAUCUCGGGAUCCCAAGACGGUACCAUGAGGUAUUUCGAUAUUAGGGUGAGAAAUGCGGUUUCGGUGUUCGUCAGUAAUACAGAGAGUGUCAGGGACGUUCAGUUCAGUCCCCACAGUCCCUACACGUUCGCGGCGGUCUCAGAAAACGGCAACGUCCAAAUUUGGGACUUGAGGAGGACCGAGAAGUUCCAGCAGCAAUUCACCGCCCAUAGCGGUCCAGUGUUUGCUUGCGAUUGGCAUCCCGAGCAGCCCUGGAUAGCUACAGCAAGUCGAGACAAAACCAUUAAGGUAUGGGAUUUAUCGUCGAAAAACACGUUGGAGCACACCAUACACACCAUAGCAUCGAUCGGGAGGAUCAAAUGGAGGCCCCAGUACCGUUACCAUAUAGCCAGUUGUGCCCUGGUGAUUGAUUGCAGCAUUAACGUGUGGGACGUGAGGAGGCCCUAUAUACCGUUGGCCGCAUUCAAUGAACAUCGGGAUAUAACUAGCGGGAUGGCUUGGAGGGGGGACCCCAAUGUUUUCUUAAGUAGCGGCAGGGACAAUACACUGUACCAGCACUCGUUUGCCGACGGCCAAAAGCCGGCAACGAAAGCGAACCCUCAAGGGAUCAGUCUGAACACGAGGGGCGAGGUGGUGUACUCGCGAAAAGUGGCGACCACGCCCACCAUCGUUAGCUGCAACAGUAGCAGCCAAAAUUCCCUAAGUAAAGCGGUAGGGCUGAUGCGUAAAAUAUCGACCACGCAGACGAUCGAUAGUUUCCAUUUGGCCGCCAGCUGUUUGUACGAUUUCAAUCCGAAUAAUGUGGAGGAGCACGAGUCGUCGAUUUUUUUGAGGUUAGCCAAGAAUUACGUGUUGCACGGUCGCAGUGUAUCGGAACUGUGCGAGCGGAACGCGGUCGUGGCGGAGGAGCUGGGAAAAAGCGACGUUGCCGUUACUUGGAGGAUCAUCAAGACCAUGUACGGGGAGGAGUUUGUUCAGAACGCGAUGAUGAAUCCCCCCACCGCCACCACCGCUAACAACAGUAACAAUGCGGUUAAUAAUAAUAAACACGAGGAGGUCGAUGUUGUUGAGGAGCCAAAGUCCAAAGGGGCGGAAACUCCCGCGGCCCAAUUCAGCGGCGGAGACGAGGAAACCGAGAACGAGGACCAAGUGGACCACGCCUUCCCCAACUACCUGAACGUCAGGAACAACGGGUACCUGCCCAAGGGCGACUUCUUCUUUGGGGAAAACGAACUGGACGUGGAACUAGACGGGGCGCCGGCUUUCAUGGACUUCUACCAGUUCAGACUCAACCAAACCGCCGUGGGACAGAUCGAUUGGUCCCUCCCCAACGAGGCUUUUCCCACCCGACACGAGAUCCUGGAUCGCUCCCCGCCCCCGGAACAAUUCCCGGAUCACCAUCAGUCGAUCAAUUUCAGGGAGGACGCGCAUACGGUCCAGGUGGACGAUCAGUUACCCGGGAUGCUCGCGAACAUUAAGGGUUGUGGCGUACCCAGUUGGGACCCCAGUGGUAUAGUGAUCGAGACUUUGCACCACUACGCCACCCUCGGUGACGUGCAGACUGUCGCUUGUGUCCUGAUCGUUCUGGGGGAGAGCAGGAGGUUCUUGACUGGUUUAACAGAGAUCACGCAAGAGCACUGGAUCUUGGGCUACAUCGAUUUGCUGAGUCGCUACAAAUUAUGGAACAUCUCGAACGAAAUAAUCAAGUUAUCGUGGCUACCGAACGUCAGUCAGUUGAACCAACAAAGCACCACGAUGCACACGAAUUGCGGCAAAUGCAUGAAACUGUUGCAACGGGUCGGCUGGUUGUGCGACAGAUGUCACACGUCCGAGUACGGGUUGUGCAGCAUCUGUCAUCAGGUGGUCCGAGGGUUGUACGUGUGGUGCCAGGGUUGCUCCCACGGAGGUCACGUGGGUCACAUGCGUCAAUGGUUGUCCAAAAACAAACUGUGCCCCACCGGGUGCGGCCACUUAUGCGAAUUUAAUUAAUUACUCUAAUUAAUUAAGGUCGAGUGUACCUACAAAUAUGGCUGUGAUCGAAGUAUUUUAAGAUUAAUGUGAAUAUUAAGUAAUAAUAAAUUUAGUUAACGCA